CGCCGGACUUGGAAAUCCACUUUGAAUCGAAUCGCUGUCGCCGUGACUAUUGUUACUACCCAACCCAACCAAGCUACCUCCACGCAUUCACUACCGGAGCAAACAAUCGAAACAUUCGUUAUUCAUUACUUUGUUUCUACAAAACUCCCAACUACAACGUGUGUGUAACAAGUGAUGGAAGACGCGCGAUCGAAAUCAACGUGAAAGUAAGUUAUGUGGUGCGAGUAAUAAUCGCAGAUUGCUCGACGAGGCGUGUCGGCAGCGGGGCGACGAGCGAAGAGGACGGCGAUAGGCAGAGAGGGAGCGGGAGCGAGCGAAACAGCGGAUGCGGUAGUCGCAGCCCGCUUGUUCAGUCGCGGUCCGCGCGCCGCUCGCAACGCCCGUCCGCUCCCGCGCCCGCCGCCCGCUCCGCCAUGAAGAAAGUCAAAGGAGUGAGAGCUAAAAACAUGGACAAGCUCAUUGCAGCUGUCCAGGCAAGAGAAUGCUUGUGGGACAAGAGCUACAGGGGUCAUCGGAAUCGGUUCAAGUUGGAGCGGUACUGGAAUGAGGUUGCUGCCGAAGUGGGCACUACAAGCCUCAAUUGCAGAAAGCGAUGGAAAAACCUCAAAGACCAAUGUCGCAAGGAAAUGAAGAAAAACUCCAACGAGUCAGAAUGGCCGCAUUUCCAGAAACUCAAGUUUAUUCACCACCAGUUCCUGACUGAAGACGAGGAAGGCGAUGACGACACCAAUGAUGAAGUCUUCAAUUCCCUAGACGAGUCUAUAAAAAGACCUAAAUUGGGUUACACGAUGAGAAAGAAGCUAUUGAUGAAUAAAAGAAGGACGAUUGACGUGGACAUGAAUAAACUGAUAGAACUGGUGCAACCGAGGGAUCUGAUAUGGAACAGACAACUGAAAGGCCAUCACAAUUGGUAUAAAUUGGACGAGAGUUGGAAGGAAAUCGCUGACGAAUUGGGCGUUACGCGUGAUGAAGCCCGAUUAAAAUGGAAAUACCUGAGAGAUCAAGCGAGGAAAGAGAUCAGAAAGCAAUCUUCCGAAUGGGAGUACCUUCCAAAGCUGCAGUUCUUGACAAACCAGUUCAACGAUUACGAAGCCACUGAAAUGCAAGACCAGGACCCUGACAACGACCAGGAUAUGCCGGAUCAUGAUCAUUACAGCCAGGAUUACGACCCAGAACAAGGCAGUAGCUACUAUAUAGACCCUCCUCCGGCCAGUGUUAGCGUCAGUGUGAAAGAGGACGAUCAAGAAUUUGACGAAUUCGAUUCCAAACCUAUUAUUUUAGAAGCGGAUUUCUAUGAUGAUGACGAUGAAGUACAGAAAAGUGGGAAUGGUGACGCGAAUGAACCCGCAAAGGACGAAGAUGUGGGUUUCUUUAAUAGUCUGCUGCCUCAUGUGAAAAAACUAGGGCCAGCUAAGAAAUUGAUGCUGAGAAUGAAAAUGCAAGAGUUGGUGUAUAAUACAGUUUAUAGUGAUUCCUAGCAGAUACCACCCGAAGCUAUGGACCUGUUGAAACAGUAUAGUUAACGUGGUUCAUAUUGCGAUAAUGGAAUUUUUUUCCAUUGGACAUCUGUGUAUAAGUUAGAUUGUAAAUAAUUGAUUUACGUGGCUAAUUGAUUUGUAAAUAGCCUAUGGUACUGGAGGGUUCCCUUGACACAAAACAAGUAACACGUCAUAGCAUGAUAUGGGUAAAAGAGACAGCAUGUGGACGUUAGUAACGUGCUACGACUUUGUAUGUUUUGACACGUGAAGUUCCUUUUGAAACUAAUUCAUUGUUUUCGUCAUACUUAGUAUUAAUAAUAAAAUUGUUAUUGAUAUUAUCGUGACGCUCAAUUAUCAGAUGAUGUACCUUACUGGUAUACAUUUUAGAGGCGUAAAUUAUAACAUUUAGAGGAGCUUAGGAGGUCAAAACAACACUUUGAUUAAAGUAGAAGUAAAAACACAAAUAGAAAGAUGAUAAUUUAAAUCUUUGACAUACACACCACGUUUUGAAUGACGUCCCGCGGCGAUAUUUGGAACUAUCGAUAACAGAUCGGGCACGUUUCUGUUGUCAGCGACUGUAGCGCCACUCCAGAAACUUACGUUGCGCGGACAUCCGAAGAAGUAUAUUUCAUAUAUAACAACUUUUUUAAAUUAUUUUUUAGAUUUAGAUACUUAUUUAGAAAAACGCAACCGGAUUUAUACUUUUUUUUGUAAAGAAAAUAAGACUUUUAUUUUAAGUAUAUUAAUAUUUUAUUCACAGUUUUAAAUACAUAAAUAGCUUAUAAUAUAAAAAAUACGACUUUCUUCUAAUUAUAGAAUCUUAAAGUAAGAAAUUAUGUGUAUAUUUUAAGAAAUUAUUUGUAUAUGGAUGUUUAUACUAUAUUUAUUUAUAGACAAUAUUUAGUGUUCGCUAGAUAAUUGUAAUUUCUGUAUAUAAUGAGUUAUUUCUAACCUAUCCUAUAGUGUACACUAUAUAUAUAGAGAUAUGAAAAUAGUAAAUAAAAUAAAUAUAUUAUUAUUAUAACACUCAUUUGUUAUUGUAAACUAGCAAAAGUUGAAAAGUGAUAUAAAAUGAGUUUCAAGUAAAUUAAAAUAUGUGAAAACUGAAUUUUGUUAUUAAUAAAAUACGAAAUAUCGAUAGCAAGAAAAAGAAAACUGAUUUCAUACAUUUCUAGAGGUACUAAUAUCUCUCUUUUUUAUCUGAGCGUUUUCCUGGUUUCUUCUUCAGCCGGUAAGCAGAACCUGGAUCAAGCAAACGUCCAGGGUUACUUUCCUACUUAUUCUUCUCCACAUCGCAGGUUUUUGGCAUCCUAGUCAGACAUAGGCGGGUGGUUCUCAUAUAAGAGUGGUUCUACCGCUGCGGCCGCGCUGUCAUUACGACCCGUCAAUUUUCUUGGGGAAGGAUUCAUUUCCUAAAUCAGUCUUCACGAAAUUAACAUUACUACAAUACAGAUUAAUUGACUUGGGGCAAAAAUUUUUUUUUGUAUGUAUGUAUGUUAUCGCGUUACAAACAUGCUUACAUACAUACUAUGUUAAGUGUCUGACUUUGAUGAAAUUAAAAGCUAUGUUAUGUAGGAUCUGUUAAUAGAAUUUUUAAGUUCGUGGGGCAUCAAAAUCGGUUUAGCCGUUUCUAAAACUUUUUACAAUUUGGUAAACUCAUUGAAAAUUUAUUCUGUUCACGAGGUCUAAGUUCGCGGCCAACAACUAAUUAUUGUAAAGUCUGAUCGACGCACGCAAAUCCUCGUUGACAACAUCAAGCCAGCACUUUUCGGACCUCUAGGAAAAUCCAAUCUAAGUCUAUUAUACUGUUUUAGCGUAUAGUCGACAGCACAACAACCUACUCAAAUUCAUUGCAAACUCGCCGCUAUUAUCCCGCCGCCAUAGGGGUUCAUGCGGGGUAACUUGAUGUGCUGUUAACUGUACCUACUCAAUGAAGUUGAAACAACACACAAUAGUAGCAUGAAAUUGACCUGAAUUCGUACGUUUUUAGCUUAUUACAACAUUAUUUACUGUUUUGACGGUCGCUGUUUGUAAAACACAGCAUAAGCUCACUGCACACGAGCUUUUAUUUAGAACUUUAUUGUUAUGCCUCCACCAAUAACAUGAAAGGAUAAUCAUGAAUCGAAAGUGGUGUUUAAACAUCACGCUUAUAUUGGCUUCGGCAUAUUUAUUGCUUGUAAUGUAAGAGGGUGACUAUGUUUAUUUGGGUGGAAUCUAGCAACUAAAUUUUGACGCAGGUAUAUAUUUUUUAUAUACUUUUAAUUUGGAUGAGAAUGCAUUAUUAUGUUAUCCAUACGAAUGAAUUCCUCAGCUGUUGAUAGGACGGUCAUGAAAUUUUACACGUGGCUAUGUAUCCGAUGGAAAUGCAUUAUUGUGAUAUGAUAAGAAAUACCUAUGAUGAACUCGGAUCGGCUCCCAACGAGGGAAUUCCUCAGCGGAUAUUAUUUGACGAAAAUUUUAUGACAAUUGACAUUAACUAGUAAGGAAAGUGAGGAGGGGGCUAUAAUGAACAGAAAACACGUGUCACGUCAUUGCGUCUCUCUUUUUUUACAAGAUGCGAAUAUGGGAAUAUAGACGCAUUUAGAUUUUGUAACGUGCUAUGUAUAAUUGUAUGUUUCGUGGUAGGUCUUUAGUUCAAGAAAAUGACGAAUAAAGAAAAAUAGGGAGUGAUACUUCUAGAAUUCAAUGUUCAUUAUCCUAAUUUUCUUCUUAAGUCGUAUUCCUCAUGGCUGAGUGUAGUAGUCAUUACGUCGAAUGGAACACAUGCACACAACGACUUAUGCCAGCUCCACAUUAUCGACGAACUCAGACACAUGCCGAAGCUAAGGCGUGAACAUUGCUUAAUUAGCUUAAGUGCUUUUAUUUUCGCAAUGAAAAACCAGCAAUGUAUACCGAAUGCGCCAAAGUUUGACAAAUUUUUCGACAACAGAGUGGAGCCGGCUUAUCCUGACAGUAACCGUAACAUUUGAACACAGUUCGUUCGUUCCAAAACCACUUUGUUUUAAUAGACCGGGACGUAUGUUUCGGAGUAACGGACGCGUCUAUAAACAAACUAAAAACCGCUUCAAAAAUAACUGCAGUGCACCACAGGCGCAUUGUUGUAAAAGCGAAUAGUUAUCAUCCAUACUAAGGUUAAUGGAAGCGGUGGUGGUGUAAUGGUUAAGACGCUCGUCUGUGGAUCGAGAGAUCCCAUGUUCGAAUCCCACUCGUGCCACAUGAGUUUGUAUACCAAUCUGACUCAUGUAUAGUAGUAGUUUUCAUAGACCACCACUUGCUUCCGGUGAAGGAAAACAUCGUGAGGAAACUUGCACACUGGUUGAUUAUUAUUAACUUGUGUGUGAAAUGGAGAAGGCAAUGCCAAACCACUCCAUUAAUAAUGCCAAGAAAGUUGUUGUUUAUGUUUCAUUCCACGUAAUGACCACGACCCUCAGCCAUGAGGAAUACGACUAUGAAGAAGAAGGUUAAUGGUAGUUUUAAAAGAUAAGGCUAUUCGUAUUAUUUUUUGGUAACAGCGACUGAUCAAGAGUUUCGGAGGAAUAUGUUGACUACGGAUCUAUGGAUCAAUUCGUUUAGCAAAAGUGGAAAGUUUCAAAAUAUAUCGUAUUUAUGUUUUACUUUUUAUAUUUUUAUACGUUCCAUAUUUUUUCCUUUUUGUUGAUCUAUGGUCCAUACAAAUACGAAACUCAUUUCGCAUUCGUAAUAUUUGUGCCAGACAGACUUUCACUAAAAUCUGAAUAUUUAUAUUUUUCUCAAAAAGCUACAAACUACUAGCAUUUCGGAACGACCACUUGCUGUGAAGAAAUGCCGCAUAUAAACCGUUAGUCGCAUAAACAGUAAAGUGCAUAAAUUGUUUAACGUAUAUAUCUCUAUUUAAUAUCAAACUGCCCACAAAAAUAGCCGGCCUUUCCCCCAAUUCUGUCAAUCCAAGGGUUGCAUGAGUGCAUAUCUUGCAUCGCCGAUCGAUGUAUGCACCGAACGCACUCCAUAUCUUUAUUAGGUUCGUUCACCUUUCGCACGGAAACUUCUGUAUGAUUACCGUUUGCAGAAAAUAACUUUUAUAUACUUAAUAAUGUAGAAAGUACAUUCAGAGGGCGGUCCAUUAUAUAUCACUCAUUAUAUCA